AUGCAAACACCUCAACAAGUUCUUGUUUCUCCUACUUAUAUUGCUGUUCCACAAUAUCAACAACCAAUUUAUAUAGAGAAUAAACCACCAGUACAACAACAACCUGUUCGUUCAGUGAUUUCUAUUCCAGUACCUGUUGUUCCACAAACGAAUAAAGAAAAUGAAGUUAAUGAUACUGCUGCAAAAAUUUCUUUAUUAUUUAUUGUUAUUGGAUUCUUCUUUCCUUUAGUUUGGAUUAUCAAUUAUGUUCUUUUCAGUAGUAGUAAAGAUAAACGAGCUUCUUUAUUUGCUCGAUUAUCCUUAUCAAUGUUUGCCAUCGGGGUUAUCUUUUCUGUUCUAUUUAUUUGUUUUAUGGUAACCUUUUGA